ACUAACACUGAGUUUGACUGGACAGCAAUUGAACCAACUGAGGAUUUGCGCUACUGUGAUUGCUUCAAUGGGCUCCGUUGUGCGCGCCUCAAGGUGCCACUAGAUUGGAACAACCCCAAAGACAACAGCACCAUCGCCAUCGCCAUUGCCACGCUUCCGGCCUCAGUGCCGGUCGACCACCCCGAUUACGGCGGCACCAUUAUCUUAAACCCAGGUGGUCCAGGUGAUUCUGGAGUCAACCUCGUGCGCCUCUCCGGCCGGCACCUGCAGAAAGUGAUUGACAACAACAAAAAGUACGAUUAUCUGGGAUUCGACCCCCGCGGCUUAGGAAACACAACCCCUCAAUUGGACUGUUUCGGGGGCGACACACUCGCGAGGAACGCCUACCAACAAGUGCUUCGCGGGCUUGGAACCGUUGACUCCAGUGAAGACGCCUUACGACGCUUCCUGGCAAUUUCUAAAGGGUUAGGUGCUCUCUGCGAGAACACGCUUGGCAAGUCUAGUAUUAUUGAGCAUGUCACUACCGCUGCUGUCUGCCGCGACAUGGUCGAGAUGGUGGAUCGCGUGGAUGAGCUCCGGAAAAAGGAAGUUGCAUUGCUCAAGCAUCGCAGAGGUGAGCAAGGAAUUACGACGCAAGAGAAUCAAGUUCCUCGACUUCAGUAUUUGGGCUUCUCAUAUGGCACCUAUCUCGGGAAUACUUUCGCGUCUAUGUUCCCAGGGCGUGUUGGCCGAAUGGUCCUCGAUGGUGUUAUCUACGCUGAGGACUAUAUGCAAGGGCUAUGGCAUCAUAACUUAGUCGAUACGGAGGCUGUUGUCGACUACUUCUACGACACAUGUUACGAGGCGGGCGACAUUUGUCCGCUCCGUAUUCCCGAAGACGUGAAUGGUACUAGCAUUAGAAGGCGCGUGGAUCAAUUCAUCGCAGACAUGGAUGUACUGCCAGCAUACAAUGCUGAGGGCACAAGUAUUACAGCCCUGACUGGUCGUGAUAUUCGCGACAGCAUAUCGCAAGCCCUUUACAGGCCCAUUCUGAGCUUUCCGCCGCUGGCCCAGUUGAUUACAGAUGCCUUAGAAGGUAACUUUACCUUGCUUACGAACACAGUCACCCCCGACGAUAUCCAAACCGACUGUGCCACCGGUAGUCAAAUCUUCAGCGGAGAAGCUGCCUAUGGUAUCGUUUGCAGCGAUGCUGCUGGUAGCCAAACCAAACACGAUCUUACCUAUUACUCUGACGAAGUAAAAAGGUUCAUGAGUCAAUCCAUCACUUUUGGGGCAAAAUGGGCUACUAUUCCGUUCCAGUGUUCGGGUUAUCUUCUUGCGCCCAUGUAUCAGUUUCGUGGACCGUGGGUUACACCUCCUGCGGACUCCAGUCUCAAGUCUGGCGUACCGGCAGCACCACUUCUGUUUUUGUCAAACCGGAUGGACCCAGUUACGCCUUCCGUCAAUGCAAAUGCCAUGUCUGCAGGACAUCCUGGCUCGGCAGUAGUGAUUCAAGAUUCCGUAGGUCAUUGUGCUAUCCCGGCAGGCUGGAGUGGCUGCACCAACCAGAUCCUGCGGGACUACUUCGAGUUUGGCGUUGUUCCUCGAAAUGGUACUUUCUGCGCAGCCUCUUGUAAGCCG